UUUCCAAGACGAAGCUGUCUAGAUUUCUUCCUUGUACUGUCUUAGGUCUCCACUUUCGUUUAAUCAUGUGAUUUUUUUACAGUCAACUUUGUGCUUUAUCAUGUGCUAGGUAACCCGUCCACUUGCAGCAUUUUGUAAUAUUACGUGAGUCGAGCCGAAAUGGGAGGUUUAACAGCCUGUUCUUUGCUUUUAUCGAUGUUAUUGAUCGGUACUAGCAGAGCCAAAUACGAACCGAACUGGGAAUCUAUCGAUUCCAGACCGCUACCAGAGUGGUACGAUCAAGCCAAAUUUGGGAUCUUUCUACACUGGGGGGUCUUCUCUGUCCCGAGCUUCGGCAGCGAGUGGUUUUGGUGGUACUGGCAGAAGCAAAAACUACAGCCUUAUGUUGACUUUAUGCAGAAGAAUUAUCCUCCAGACUUCAAGUAUCAAGACUUUGCACCACAAUUCACUGCUGAGUUCUUUGAUGCCAAAGAAUGGACAGACAUCUUUGCCUCAUCUGGAGCAAAGUACAUCGUCCUGACUACAAAACACCAUGAAGGUUUCACACUAUGGGGCUCGAAAAACUCCUGGAACUGGAAUGCAGUGGAUGUUGGGCCUAAAAGAGACCUGGUGGAGGAGGUGGCCAACGCCCUCCGUGCUAACAGUGACCUACAUUUAGGGCUGUACCAUUCUCUGUUUGAGUGGUUUAACCCACUCUUUGAACUGGACGCUAAAAAUGUUUUCACCACAAACUACUUCCCCACCAGUAAAACACUGCCUGAGCUUUAUGAGCUCAUCCUCAAGUACAAACCAGAAGUGCUGUGGUCUGAUGGGGAUGGAGACGCACCUGACAAAUACUGGAACAGCACAGGUUUCUUAGCCUGGCUCUAUAAUGACAGUCCGGUGCGAGACACAGUGGUGACAAAUGAUCGGUGGGGUUCUGGCUCCAUCUGCACCCACGGUGGAUAUUACACCUGUUCCGAUCGCUACCAGCCAGGACACCUGCUCAAACACAAAUGGGAAAACUGCAUGACCAUUGACACAAAGUCCUGGGGUUACAGACGUAAUGCUCCGCUCAGUGACUACCUCACCAUAGAGCAGCUUGUGGCGACAUUAGUGGAGACUGUGUCCUGUGGGGGAAACCUGCUCAUGAACGUUGGUCCGACACACGACGGACGAAUCGCUCCAAUUUUUGAGGAGCGUCUGAGGCAGAUGGGUCAGUGGCUGAAGGUGAACGGGGACGCUAUCUACAACACAACAGCGUGGCGAGCUCAGAACGACAGCGUCACUCCACACAUCUGGUACACUUCCAGACCUCAGGAAAAGGCCAUCUUUGCCAUUUUGCUGGAGUGGCCCAAUGAUGGAUCUGUGAUUCUACAUGAACCUGUGGCUGCACUAGGACAGACUGAGGUGGUGCUUCUUGGUCACGGGUCUCUGAAGUGGGAGCCUGUAAAGCCCAGCGGACUGCGGGUUCUCCUGCCCCAGCUGUCCUUCAGGCAGAUGCCAUGCCAGUGGGCCUGGACACUGAAGCUGACAGGUGCCACUUAAAGGGAAACCAGAUCACUUGAAGAGGAGCAGACGGAGCUGGAGGCCGAGAGAAAGAGCUAGAAUUGUACGUUUAAAUCACUGAACACAACCUGUGACAUGAAGCAAAUUUAUCUGUCCGGACAGUUGUGAAAAUCAGAGGGUGAGGGGGGAAACAUAUGUGCACUGUACUGUUUGUAAUGGAUACUUAAAUAUAUUUUAAUUUUAAAAUGGUCUUAAUAAAAUACUUAUACAGGGAUAUAAAGUGCUUUUUGUACGGAUAACUUUUAUUAUCACAGUUUUAGCUCAGAGUUUCUCUUUAACUUUGGGAUUUAAAAGUUAUUUUUAGGAGCAGAAAAGGUUUAUCAACCCUGUUACUGCCAUAAUAAUCAAUAAUCUACAGGGUACAUGUGACAAAUGUGACCUUUACACAUUGUGAAGUAUGACAUGCUGUAAGGUAUGGUUUUUGUCAGUUUUUCUGCACUUUUGUAAUUAUUUUUACAUGCUUUAUGUGAUUCAUAUGAAAUCUGCAGCACUGAUUAAUGUGGUGGUGUUUGUUUUAUAUGUGAAGAGAUGUUAAAAUAAAAUUAAUGAAGAUUUCAAA